AAUUGCAACAGCUGUUCCACAUCGUUCACGUCACAGCGCAUGCGCCCAACGUCCUAUUCAACUGGCAACUGUGAUAAUGAACGUCGCCCCGAUAUAUUGACGUGCGUAGAGUGAAUCCUUGAGACGUUGUCAUGGAUCCAGGAGACUAUGACGACAGCUACAGGGUUGGAGGGUUCUCGCUCAGCCAUCUGAUCGCGGCCUUCGUAGCCACAGCAGUAUUCGCCUUCGUCGUCUACCUGUUGUGGGACUGUUCCUGCAAACGGAAAAAGGACCAGGAACAACAGCGCCUGAGUCCGGCGUCCCAGCGGAUCGACACCAAGACGAUGUACGCCAUGGAACUGGAGCCAGGCAUUGUCCUCCUGCAGAGCCAGGACGGCGAGUUCUUCAGGAUCCUACACGAGUACGACGCUGUCAAACACGCACGUGAUUAUGGAGCAGCGCCGUCUUCCGGCGUGGCUUUACAAGGGCAGACAAUCCAUUAUAUUCCCAACUAUACCCGGGCUCAUAUGCAGACCCAGGCCUCCGCCCCCCAGCCCGCUGAGGAGUUGAUGGUAUGGGACGGCAACACGUCCCCACCCCCGUAUCAGUAGUCUGAGCCCCGUGCCGUAGUUUCGUAUCCUUAUUUGCGCCUUUUUCUGAAUCCGUUGUUUCGUAUCUUUUGUAAUAAAUAAGGCUGUCCUCCAGGCGUUUUUGGUAUUGAAGAUUGGGACAGCGUUAACAGAGAUCCUUCAGUUGAUGUAUUUAGAUCAUGUUUAUUCUUAUAUUUAGAGCUUGGGCUAGUGCAAAAAUAUCGACAUUUGAAUUCAGAAAGGUGCGAAAUUUAGGCAAUGCGAAACACCAAAGAGUGCCUUAACGGUGUACAUAUACUUGACAUAUACAUGGUUACCCUACUGGAAGCUACUGGUUUGAAUAAAAAAUGUCUGGUUUUCAAUGGAUUUCUUUGUUGGAGAAAACAGGUAAAACACGUGAUCAGAUUCUAUUCUAACACUUAUUCAAACCCUUGUCAAACACGUGAUACUUUCAUAAGUUUUUCCCCUGCAAAAUAGGGAAAAAAUAUGAAGGUGAUAAAAAUAAAUAAUUAAUUAUCGGUCCGUUUGCCAAGAGAAAAGUGCAACCCUUUCUGUGACAUAAUGUGGUCAGAGUUCUCAGUUGUCUCAGAUUAAAAAAACCAAUCAGUGCAAUACCUCUGCCCUGAAGCGAUACACAGUUAUCUGCGUACGUACACUGUUCCAACCUAAAGUGGGGCGGUCGGGUAGCCUCGUGGUUAAAGCGUUCCCUCGUCACUCCGAAGACCCGGGUUCGAUUCCCCACAUUGGUACAAUGUGUGAAGCCCAUUUCUGGAGUCCCCUUCAGUGACAUUGCUGGAUUAUACUAAUAACGACGUAAAACCAUACUCAGUCAAUCCAACCUAAUGUAUGUCGAACAUUAUCGAGACGACACGGCGGGUAACUAUCAACAUUCAAUCAUGAAAUUGAACCUGUGUUGACGGUAUGUGGACUUACGUAUAUAACACUAUGGAAAGGAUCUAUAACCGCCUCGAUUUUGUUGAAAACCAAAAACGAAAAACAAAACAUUGGGCUUUGUAAUGGUGGACUCUGAUUGCUGUCAUGCGGCGCAGAUUGUGUUGACACUUGAACAGGCGUGUAUUUAAAUCUUUAAAAUUAAGUGUGAUGAUACAGUGAGGCGCCGAUACGCUAGCCGUCUGGCUUUGUCGUGCAAACUCACAUCAGCUAAAUUAAAUUAUAUCAGGUGGAAGUGUCAGAUUGCUCGGUGAUGUCUGUCGACAAUGGAGGAAUUCUGUGUCGCCUACUUACAGACUCCAUUAUCUCACCGCGGUAAUCAAAGGAAGCGAUAUAUCACCAGACUUGGUAAAUUUUAAUUUCAGAUAUGAAUUCGUUCCGUGUACAUACAACUAAGAAUGCUAUUGCUAUUCAUUAAAGAGCUGUAAUAUUA